AUCAAGGCCCACGUGACCGUGUCCCAGGAUAAACCCUAGCCCCCUACACCCGCAGCCCUCCUCCUCCGUCGCCGUCGCCGUCGCUUUUCUGCUGGCUCCCGGUUUGCUCCCCGCCCUGAGGCUGCUGCGGCUCCCUGCCUCGCGCGCCGUCGUCAGGAAAAUGUCAUCAAGUACUGAUGGAGCCAAGAGUCAUGCACGUAGAGACCUUUUGCUCAAGAUCCAAUCAGAAGCUCAAACAUGUUGGGAGGAGAGCAAGGUUUUUGAGGCUGAACCUGGCAAUGGACUUCCUGGCCCUGGUGAAAAAUUCUUUGGCAAUUUUCCGUACCCUUACAUGAAUGGACUUCUACAUUUGGGGCAUGCCUUCUCAUUGUCCAAGCUUGAAUUUGGUGCUGCAUACCACAGACUCCGUGGCUCAAAUGUCCUUUUGCCGUUUGGUUUUCAUUGUACUGGGAUGCCCAUCAAGGCCUCAGCUGAUAAGCUUGCUAGGGAGAUUCAACAGUAUGGAAAUCCUCCAGUGUUUCCUGCUGCAGAUGAUGAUUCAAGUGCUGAAAUGGCAGAUGAUAGCCAGGCUGACCAGGCUGCUGUUCUUGCCCCAGAUAAAUUUAAGAGUAAGAAAUCCAAGGCUGCUGCAAAGACUGGCAUGCAGAAGUUCCAGUGGGAGAUCAUGAGGGGCUUUGGUCUGUCGAAUGAAGAAAUUGCCAAAUUUCAGGAUCCGUCCCACUGGUUAACCUACUUCCCUCCGCUCGCAAAGGAAGAUCUUAAGGCUUUUGGCCUGGGUUGUGAUUGGAGGCGCUCAUUCAUAACCACUGAUAUGAAUCCUUUCUAUGAUGCUUUUGUUCGCUGGCAGAUGAGAAAACUGAAGAAAAUGGGCAAAGUUGUUAAAGAUAUGAGGUACACGAUCUACUCUCCAUUGGAUGGUCAACCUUGUGCUGAUCAUGAUAGGGCAUCAGGUGAAGGUGUGCAGCCACAAGAAUAUGUGUUGAUCAAAAUGAUGGUGAUCCCACCUUUUCCUCCCAAGUUGAAGGCCUUGGAAGGAAAGAAUGUUUAUCUGGCAGCUGCUACAUUAAGACCUGAGACAAUGUAUGGGCAAACAAACUGUUGGGUAUUGCCUGAUGGGCAUUAUGGGGCUUUUGAGAUCAAUGAAACUGAUGUCUUCAUUGUGACAGCACGGUCAGCGCUUAACCUUGCGUAUCAGCAUCUAUCCAGGGUCCCAGAAAAGCCUACCUGCUUAGCUGAGCUUACUGGCAAUGAUUUGAUUGGGUUGCCAUUGAAGUCUCCUCUUUCAUUCAAUGAUAUCAUAUAUGCACUUCCCAUGCUCACUAUCUUGACAGAUAAAGGUACUGGCAUUGUGACUAGUGUGCCAAGUGAUUCGCCAGAUGAUUACAUGGCACUGCAAGAUUUAAUCACAAAGCCCGCUUUGAGACAGAAGUAUGGAGUCCAAGAUGAAUGGGUUCUUCCAUUUAAUAUCAUACCGAUAAUCAACAUACCUGAGUUUGGGGACAAGGCAGCUGAGAAGGUGUGCCUUGAUCUUAAGAUUAAGAGCCAGAAUGACAAGGAGAAGCUUGCUGAAGCAAAAAGGAUGACAUACCUUAAAGGAUUUACAGAUGGAGUGAUGAUUGCAGGGGAGUUUGAUGGUAGAAAGGUUCAAGAAGCGAAGCCACUGAUAAAGAACAAGCUUCUUGGAGAAGGCUCUGCUGUGUUGUAUAGUGAGCCUGAGAAGAAAGUAAUGUCAAGAUCCGGCGAUGAAUGCGUGGUUGCUCUUACAGAUCAGUGGUACAUAACUUAUGGAGAAACUGAAUGGAAACAGAAGGCAGUCAAAUGUUUGGGAAAUAUGAAUACAUUCUCAGCUGAAACCCGUAACGGAUUCGAACACACCUUGGGCUGGCUGAACCAGUGGGCAUGUUCACGCUCUUUUGGCCUAGGUACCCGCAUUCCAUGGGAUGAGCAGUUCCUGGUAGAAUCUCUCUCAGAUUCAACCCUGUACAUGGCUUAUUACACCAUCGCUCAUCAUCUACAAAAUGGUAAUAUGUAUGGACAAGAAAUAUCUUCUAUCAAGCCAGAAGAAAUGACAGAUGAAGUAUGGGAAUAUGUGUUCUGUGAUGGUCCGGCACCCAGUAGCAACAUCUCUCCUGCCCUCUUGAGCAAAAUGAAGCAAGAGUUCAAGUAUUGGUACCCAUUUGAUAUUCGGGUAUCUGGCAAGGACCUUAUCCAGAAUCAUCUGACAUUCAGCAUCUACAAUCAUACAGCACUUCUUCCAGAGCAUCAUUGGCCUCGUGGUUUUCGUUGCAAUGGGCAUCUUAUGCUCAACUCUGAGAAGAUGUCCAAGUCCACAGGUAACUUCCGAACUCUUCGGGAGGCUAUUGAAGAUUUCUCUUCAGAUGCCACUAGGUUUGCCCUUGCUGAUGCUGGUGAUGGUAUGGACGAUGCAAACUUUGUUUUUGAAACUGCAAAUGCUGCUAUUUUGAGGCUCACAAAGGAAAUCGCUUGGAUGGAAGAAGUUAUAGCUGCUGAAUCUUCUCUGAGAGGCGGCCCUCCUUCUACGUAUGCUGACCAUGUGUUUGCUAAUGAGAUCAACAUUGCUGUAAAAGAAACUGAGAAGAGCUACAACGCCUUCAUGUUCAGAGAUGCCCUGAAGUCUGGUUUCUAUGACCUGCAAUUGGCUAGAGAUGAGUACAGACUCUCUUGUGGAGCGGUGGGCAUGAACCGUGAGUUGUUGGAGCGGUUUAUGGAAGUCCAGACCAGGCUUAUCACCCCGAUCUGCCCCCACUACGCUGAGCAUGUGUGGCAAAAGAUGCUGAAGAAGGAAGGUUUUGCAAUAAAAGCUGGCUGGCCAGUUGCAGGCACCCCAGAUCCUACACUAAGAAGUGCGAACAUAUAUUUACAGGACUCCAUUGUUUUAAUGAGGAAGUUGCUUCAGAAGCAAGAGUCUGGUUCCAAGAAACCCAAGAAGGGAGCUGCACCUCCUCCCUCAGCAGAAAACAAGCUCACUGUUGGUCUGAUAUACGUCAACGAGCACUAUGAUGGAUGGAAAGAGCAAUGUUUAAGGGUGCUUCAAUCAAAUUUUGAUAGCCAAGCACGCUCCUUUGCCCCCGAUGAGGAGAUUAAUGAAGCAUUGAGGAACUGCUUCAUCGACCGCGAAACAAACUUCAAACAAGUACAGAAGCUCUGCAUGCCUUUCAUCAGGUUCAAGAAAGAUGAAGCAAGGAACGUUGGUCCCCAGGCUCUAAAUUUGAAGCUUCCUUUUGGUGAAAUAAAUGUGCUCGAAGAGAACCUGGAGCUGAUCAGAAGGCAGUUAGGUCUUGAGCAUGUUGAGGUCCUGCCGGUAUUUGAUGAAGCUGCUCGUGCCAAAGCUGGAAAGCAUGCUUCUGUGCUGGACAAGAAUCCGCCUUCCCCUGGUGAGCCAGUUGCAAUAUUCAUGAGCAAGCAGGAGUUUGAAGCCCAGAAUUAAGCUCAGAUUAAUCUUCUCACAGAACUUUGUUGAGAUGCGCCCAUUGACAUUGUCGAAUCACUUGCAUCAGGGUUACUUGUUGAUAGAUGGGGGAGCUGCAACUUCGAAAAUCAGCAGGCCAGUUCCAUGUUCCAGGACCAGUUCUUCUGCACAAGGAAUGACCAAAGUUCGGGUGAAACUCACCUAUUUCGGGACUUCCCUAUCCGCUGGUGAUCAAACUAAACGCUUGAAUUGCUGAUUGCAAUCAUGAAUCAUGAAAAUGGAGUACUGUUGAGGCAGCAGUUUAGCUAUAAUAGAGUACUUUUUUGCGAUGUGUUAUGACAUAGUUAAAUUGUCGUGAAUAUUAUCAUUUUGCCAAGUCAUUUGAGUAUCUUCUUUUGUAUUCAUUCCUCAGUCUUCAUUUUCAAUUUUGAGGAUUUAGUCUUUUGUUCUUCAGUCCUUGUGCACUUUUCAGUGUAUUAUUCUGGAUAGUUUACCUCUGUUAUAGUAGUUUUCAGACCUUCACCUAUCAUUGUCUAUGACCUUCCUAAA